AUGGAGCGCACUUGCUUCGGCACUCCUGGCCCUCGCACAAGCAGCAGAAUAACAUUCGCGCUGUGUGUGUUUGGCUGGGCGCUCUUAUUCGGCGGAUCUCUACUUUCUGUCUAUGGGUUCGCGACAUGCCAGUCCGACAGCUGUAUCGCCUACAAGGUGACGGGCCCGGUACUUGCCGGGUUAGGGCUGGCAUGUUUAAUAAUGGCGGAGUUUACUGCCCAACGAGAGAGAAGGAGGGAAUUAGAAGGAGACCCGACGGAUCCAGAUAGAAGCUUCCUCUGCGGGAAAAGCCGGCAGUUUGUGCAGUUCGUGAUACUCGGGAUGCUGUUACUGGUUUGCGGGGUACUGAUUUAUAUCCCAGGACUUGUGGUUCCAGUCUGCAAACCGGCAUCCAACACAGACAAACCCCCUAAAGUUUGUGUAGCUCGCUUUGUGCGGAUAAUCACACUCACAGUAAUCGGUUUGUGUUACAGCCUGGCUGUCUAUAUGAGCAAAAGGUGUCGGGACGGCGACUCUGAGGAGGACUCUGAAGCCUUCAGAUAUCAGCCGCUUCCUGUAACAUUGGGUGAUGACGUCACCCCCCCUCCACACUUUGCAGGAGGACCUAAUUGGUCAAUGAGCAGGGAUCCUCCUUCCUACGACAGCCUCUUUUUUGAAAGGGGCGACCAUGAUUCCGGCCGACGCGGCGGGGAAAAUGAACACAACGUUCCAAGACCGUGGGGGCCGAACGUACAAAACAUGGACGAGUGUUACCCUUCGGAGCCGCCUCCAAGAUACGAGGACAUUUACCCUACUGAGCCGGAUCCUGAAGAGAGUUCAUCAUCAUCAUCAUCAUCAUCGUAUCACUCGGUUUCCCAAUCAUCGGAGUCGAGUGACUAUGAGCUCGCACCAGGACCCUAA